AUGCCGGCCAUGCGGGGGCUCCUGGCGCCGCAGAACACCUUUCUGGACACCAUCGCCACGCGCUUCGACGGCACGCACAGUAACUUUGUGCUGGGCAAUGCCCAGGUAGCGGGGGUCUUCCCCGUGGUCUACUGCUCGGAUGGCUUCUGCGACCUCACUGGUUUCUCCCGGGCUGAGGUCAUGCAGCGAGGCUGUGCCUGCUCCUUCCUCUACGGGCCGGACACCAGUGAGCUCGUCCGCCAGCAAAUCCGAAAGGCCCUGGAGGAGCACAAGGAGUUCAAGGCUGAGCUGAUCCUGUAUCGGAAGAGCGGGCUCCCGUUCUGGUGUCUCCUGGAUGUGAUACCCAUAAAGAAUGAGAAAGGGGAGGUGGCCCUCUUCCUGGUCUCUCACAAGGACAUCAGUGAAACCAAGAACCGAGGGGGCCGUGACAGCUGGAAGGAGACAGGUGGUGGCCGGCGCCGAUAUGGACGGGCAGGAGCCAAAGGCUUCAAUGCCAACCGGCGGCGGAGCCGAGCUGUGCUCUACCACCUGUCUGGACACCUGCAGAAGCAGCCGAAGGGCAAGCACAAGCUCAAUAAGGGGGUAUUUGGGGAGAAGCCAAACCUACCCGAGUACAAAGUAGCUGCCAUCCGGAAGUCACCCUUUAUCCUGCUACACUGCGGGGCACUGCGAGCCACCUGGGAUGGCUUCAUCCUGCUCGCCACCCUGUAUGUGGCCGUCACUGUGCCCUACAGUGUGUGCGUGAGCACAGCCCGGGAGCCCAGUGCCGCCCGCGGGCCCCCCAGCGUCUGCGACCUGGCCGUGGAGGUCCUCUUCAUCCUUGACAUCGUACUGAAUUUCCGUACCACAUUCGUGUCCAAGUCGGGGCAGGUGGUGUUUGCCCCAAAGUCCAUUUGCCUCCAUUAUGUCACCACCUGGUUCCUGCUGGAUGUCAUUGCGGCUCUGCCCUUCGACCUGCUACACGCCUUCAAGGUCAAUGUGUACUUUGGGGCCCACCUGCUGAAGACUGUGCGGCUGCUGCGCCUGCUGCGCCUGCUCCCACGGCUGGACCGGUACUCACAGUACAGCGCCGUGGUGCUGACCCUGCUCAUGGCUGUGUUCGCCCUUCUUGCCCACUGGGUGGCCUGCAUCUGGUUCUACAUUGGCCAGCGGGAGAUCGAGAGCAGUGAAUCCGAGCUGCCUGAGAUUGGCUGGCUGCAGGAGCUGGCCCGCCGCCUGGAGACCCCCUACUACCUGGUGGGCCGGAGACCGGAUGUGGGAAACAGGUCUGUCCAGAGUGACAAUUGUAGCAGCGGCAGCAACGAAGCCAACGGGACAGGUCUGGAGCUCCUGGGUGGCCCAUCCCUGCGAAGCGCCUACAUCACCUCCCUCUACUUUGCACUCAGCAGCCUUACGAGCGUGGGCUUCGGCAACGUGUCCGCCAACACGGACACGGAGAAGAUCUUCUCCAUCUGCACCAUGCUUAUCGGGGCCCUGAUGCACGCUGUGGUGUUUGGGAACGUGACGGCCAUCAUCCAGCGCAUGUACGCCCGCCGCUUUCUGUACCACAGCCGCACCCGUGACCUGCGCGACUACAUCCGCAUCCAUCGCAUCCCCAAGCCCCUCAAGCAGCGCAUGCUCGAGUACUUCCAGGCCACCUGGGCCGUGAACAAUGGCAUUGACACCACCGAGCUGCUGCAGAGCCUCCCAGACGAGCUGCGUGCAGACAUCGCCAUGCACCUGCACAAGGAGGUCCUGCAGCUGCCCCUGUUUGAGGCAGCCAGCCGCGGCUGCCUGCGGGCACUGUCCCUGGCCCUGCGGCCCGCCUUCUGCACGCCCGGCGAGUACCUCAUCCACCAAGGUGACGCUCUCCAGGCCCUCUACUUUGUCUGCUCCGGCUCCAUGGAGGUGCUCAAGGGUGGCACUGUGCUCGCCAUCCUAGGGAAGGGAGAUCUGAUCGGCUGCGAGCUGCCCCGGCGGGAGCAGGUGGUAAAGGCCAAUGCAGACGUGAAGGGGUUGACUUACUGCGUCCUGCAGUGUCUGCAGCUGGCGGGGCUGCAUGAGAGCCUUGCACUAUACCCCGAGUUUGCCCCGCGCUUCAGCCGUGGCCUCCGAGGGGAGCUCAGCUACAACCUGGGUGCUGGGGGAGGCCCAGCGGAGGUGGACACCAGCUCCCUGAGUGGCGACAACACCCUUGUGUCCACACUGGAGGAGAAGGAGACAGAUGGGGAGCAGGGCCCCGCAGCCUCACCAGCCACAGCUGAUGAGCCCUCCAGCCCUCUGCUGUCCCCAGGCUGCACCUCCUCAUCCUCGGCUGCCAAGCUGCUAUCCCCUAGGCGAGCCGCACCCCGGCCCCGCCUAGGUGGCAGAGGGCGGCCAGGCAGGACAGCCGCAUCGCAGGCUGAAGCCGGUCCCUCUGCUCAUCUACGGAGCCUAGAGGGGCUGCGGCUGCCUCCCAUGCCAUGGAAUGUGCCCCCGGAUCUGAGCCCCAGGGUAGUAGAUGGCAUUGAGGAUGGCUGUGGCUCUGACCAGCCCAAGUUCUCCUUCCGCGUGGGGCAGUCUGGCCCGGAGUGUAGCAGCAGCCCCUCCCCUGGACCAGAGAAUGGCCUACUCACUGUCCCGCUCGGGCCCAGCGAGACGAGGAGUGCAGACAUGCUGGAUAAGCUUCAGCAGGCGGUGAUGGAGCUGUCUGAGCAGGUGCUGCAGAUGCGAGAGGGCCUGCAGUCACUCCGCCAGGCCAUGCAGCUGGUCCUGUCACCCCAUGGGGAGGGGCUGUGCCCAGCGAGCACCUCUGGGCUCCUGCAGCCUCUGUGUGUAGACACUGGGGCUUCCUCCUACUGCCUGCAGCCCCCAGCUGGCUCCGUCUUGAGUGGAACCUGGCCCCACCCUCGCCCAGGGCCCCCACCCCUCAUGGCACCUUGGCCCUGGGGCCCCCCAGCCUCUCAGAGCUCCCCCUGGCCUCGAGCCUCAGCUUUCUGGACCUCCACAUCAGACUCAGAGCCCCCUGGCUCAGGAGAACUCUGCCCCGAACCCAGCACCCCUGCCUCACCUCCCCCAUGUGAGGAAGGGGCUAGGACUGGGCCCCCAGAGCCCAUGAGCCAGGCCGAGGCUACCAGCACUGGAGAGUCCCCACCAGGGCCAGGGGGCCUAGCCUUGCCCUGGGACCCCCACAGCCUGGAGAUGGUGCUCAUUGGCUGCCACGGCUCUGGUACGGUCCAGUGGGCUCAGGAAGAAGGCACCGGGGUCUGA